AUGGGAGCAAGCAUUGAAGAGAGGUUGACUGUUGAAACCUUAGUUGCAGUGCUGAUGAAUUUUGAUGCUGAUUUCCGGUCUGACUAUGUAAAGACCGUGAAUGCUUUGCAGGGUAUGGGAGCACACUCUUAUGCUCCAAAGAAAUUCGACAUGGAUUUGAAAAACAGGCCAAGUCCUCUAGCAAAACCAUCCAUUGAGGAGCCACAUAUGCUGGAACUGAAACAGUUACCCAGUCACCUGAGGUAUGUAUUUUUGGGAGCUAACAACACUUUACCUGUGAUUUUGGCUGUAGAUUUGAAUGAUGAACAGGUCCAAGCUAUGACCAAAGUGUUGAUUAGGUACAAAAGUGCCAUUGGGUGGGCCACUGUUGACAUCAUCGGGAUACCUCCGGGUAUAUGCACCCAUAAGAUCCAACUUGAGGAGGACUGCAACCCAAGCAUUGAACACCCGAGGAGUCACUGGGUCAGGCCAGUGCAAUGUGUUCCCAAAAAGAGUGGUAUGACUGUGGUCGCGAAUGCAAAGAAUAAGCCGGUCCCACAAAGACGAGCUACUGGAUGGGCCCUACAGAGAUGUAUGGAGGAAAAUCUAGUGUUGAACUGGGAGAAGUACUAUUUCAUGGUCAAGAAAGGCAUAGUACUUGGACACAAGGCGUUUCAUCAAGGACUUCUCCAAAAUUGCACACCCAUGUGCAAGCUUUUGGAGAAGGAAGUGAAAUUUGUCUUUGAUGAGGCAUGUCUCAGAGCCUUCAAAUGCCUAAAAAAUAAAUUGAUUUCUACACCAGUGAUCAUUGGCCCAGAUUGGGCAGAGCCAUUUGAGGUAAUGUGCGAUGCUAGUGGUAUUGCUUUAGGAUUUAUGUUGGGGCAGAAGCGCAACAAGAUGUUUCAUCCGAUUUACUAUGCUAGUAAGUUACUGAAUGGGGUACAACGAAACUACACAGUUACUGAGCAGGAACUACUGGCGGUGGUGUAUGCUUUCGAAAAAUUCAGAGCUUACUUGCUGGGUACUAAAGUGAUAGUCCAUACGGACCAUGCAGCUUUGAGAUACCUCAUGGAAAAGAAGGAUGCCAAACCAAGGUUGAUCAGAUGGGUGUUACUUCUUCAGGAGUUUGAUUUUGAGGUUAAGGAUAGGAAAGGUUGUGAGAACCAAGUGGUAUUAGCUGCUACUUUUGAUCUUAUUCCUUGGUUUGCUGAUUUUGCUAACUUUGUUGUUAGUGAUUUGAUGCCGGAGGGGCUGGCAUAUCAACAAAGGAAGAGGUUCCUACAUGAUGUGGCUAAAUAUUUUUGGGAUGAACCUUACCUAUACAAGGUGUGUGAUGACAACAUCAUCAAGCGAUGUGUUCCUGAAGCUGAGAUGUUGCAUAUUCUAGAAGCCUGCCACUUCUCUCCGGUAGGUGGUCAUCAUGGAGGUGCUCAGAUAGCCCACAAGAUACUUCAGUGUGGGUACUACUGGCCCACAAUUCAUCAGGAUGCAAUGGACAUAGUUGAGGCAGUUGCUUUGUCUGAGAGUGAUGGCAAAAGUGUUGCUGGUUUUCUGAAGAAGAAUAUCUUCUCAAGGUUUGGCACAACUAUUAUCAGUGAUGGCGGGUCCCAUUUCUGCAAUAAGGUAUUCAGUUCUCUUCCGGCUAAAUAUGGAGUUAAACAACACAAGGUAGCAACACCUUAUCACCCACAGACUAGUGGCCAAGUGGAGGUCUCUAACAGAGAAAUUAAAGCAAUUCUGGCUAAAACGGUGAAUGCCAACAGGACAUAUUGGGCACGAAAGUUAGAUGAUUCUCUAUGGGCAUAUCGAAAAGCUUUCAAGAUGCCUAUUGGAAAAUUGAGAUCCAAAUGGUCUAGACCUUUUAAGGUAACACAGGUGUGUCAGUCAGGUGCUAUUGAGCUAGAAAAUGAUAAUGGCGUAAGGUUCAAAGCCAAUGAGGGAACUGCAAUGUCCGAAAGCGGAUCUCAAGAAUAUGCUACCACUUCUCCACCUGUAGUAGUACCAGAGGCUGCAAUUGGAGCUCAGACAGCGACAUCUGCUACGGAGGGGGAUGAUUAG